AGAGAGAGAGAGAGAGAGGGACAGAGAGAGAGAGAGACAGAGAGAGAGAGGGACAGAGAGAGAGAGAGAGACUGUCUCUGAGUGGAUUGUUGAGGGAUUGUUUCUCGGGUUCAUGCUGAGCUCCUCAUGCAGAGGCCGACUCCACAGACAGCAGGUGUGGGACUGAAGCAUGUGAAUCUAGAGGUGAAGGAGAAUCACAUGGCCCAUCACACUGUCAGCCUCAGCAGCACCCACCUGGUCACCCGCAGGGGCCAGCCUUUUAAACUCCUGCUCCACUUCCACGAUCCGGGCUUCAGCCGUCACCACGAGACGCUCACCUUCCAGGCUCUGUUAGGUGACCUGGCUGUGGAGUUCCCGGUUACAUUUUCAGAGAAAGUGACCAACGUAGGAUGGAAAGCCUGGAUUUAUCCUCAUGAGGUGCUUCCCAGGUGUGUGUCAUUGCCUGUACGAGUGUGUUCUCCAGUCUCUGCUCCUGUGGGACUCCAUGAACUGAAGUUGAUCGUCCAGAACAGCCUCGGCCAGCAAUGUUACAGUGCCUGCCGUUUCAUCCUGCUCUGUAACCCGUGGCUGAAAGGUGACCCUGUGUAUCUCCCUGAUGAGGAGCAGAGGGAGGAGUAUGUGAGGAAUGACGCUGGCGUUCUGUAUCUCGGCACACCUCACAACAUCACAACACGGCACUGGGCCUUCGGUCAGUAUGAGAGUGAGGUUCUGGAGGUGUGUUUGAACCUGUUGCAGGUCAGUCCACAGCAUGUGCGGGACAGAAGGAGAGACUACCUGCGCCGCUCGGACCCCGUUUACAUCAGCAGAGUGAUCUGUGCCAUGAUCAAUUGUAUAGAUGAGCGAAGUGUUCUGAAAGGGAGUUGGUCAGCUGAUCCUCAGGCAUCUGGUAAUGCUGUUGACCCUGAAGACUGGACGGGAAGUGCAAAAAUCCUGAAGCUCUGGGAUGCUGCAUGUUUCAGGCCAGUGUGCUAUGGCCAGUGCUGGGUUUUUGCCUCUGUCAUGUGCACAGUGAUGAGAGCUCUGGGGAUCCCUUGUCGCGUUGUCACCAUCUUUAACUCCGCCCACAACACUAAGGGCAACCUGAUUGUGGAGGAGUAUUACACAGAGAAUGGGAAGAAGCUGGACCUGUCCCAGACCACAGUAUGGAAUUUCCACGUGUGGGUGGAGUGCUGGAUGACCCGUCCUGACCUGGGCAGUGAGUUUGAUGGGUGGCAGGUGCUGGACCCCACUCCACAGGAGAGGAGAACAGGUGUGUUCUGCUGUGGGCCAUGUUCUGUUAAAGCCAUCCGGAUGCGGAACGUGAACCUGCUGUAUGACACCCCAUUCAUCUUCGCCUCUGUGAACGCUGACGUGGUCACUGUGGUGAUGCGGGACGGCCGAGUGGUCAGCAGGAGAGUGGACAGGAAGAGAGUGGGCUCUCAUAUCUAUACCAAACAUAUCGGAUCUGACCGGCCACAGAGUCUGACCUGCAACUACAAGUGUGUCUUAGAUAACCUGUCUCGCUGUGGAGAAACUGGACAUGACACGUCUCGGAGUCUGCAGGUGUCCUUGCGGCUUGACCGAGUGCAUGUGAUGGGGGAGGAUGUUGCCCUGACCGUUGUAGUGAGGAACACCGGUCACAGUCUGAGAAUGUUCAGUGAGCAUGUCAACGCCCAGGCUAAAGUGUACAACAGAGGAGCGCAGCAAACGCUGUGGGAGACGCACAACCGAUUGCACGUCUGGCCUGGAGAGGUGCUGCUAAUUGAGCAUGUGAUCCCGCACAGUCAGUAUGAAAGCAGACUGACCAGUGACUGCCUGGUUAACGUGGCCGCUGUAGUGGAAGACGAGAGGACACAAGAACACAUGCUGGUGUCUGAGGAGUUCAACUUCAGCAUCCCCAACAUCUCCAUACAGGUCACAGGUGGAGAUACAGUGGUCCUGCAUAAGGAACACAGUGCUGAGGUCAGCUUCACUAACGUCUUUAGCACCACCAUGACUGACACCGUACUGACCGUGGAGGGCACUUCUUUGAUCCAGGGCAAGCACCAGUCACGACUAUAUCUGUUACAGCCGGGCCAGGUGAUGAAGACAAAGGUGACCUUCAUACCUGUCGUGCUCGGCGUGAAGGCGCUGCACGCCACACUGACUUUUAGAAACCGUCCAGCCCUCGUCAUCAGAGAAACCCGUAAAGUCUCCGUCAACACAGCUGCUUCCACAGAAGACAAUGAAGUACAAUAUUUCAGAGAGAAAUGCUGUUAAAACUAGUGUAUAAAAUGUGUAAAAAUGAUCCAACAGUGAGAAAUAUGGAGCGAUGUUUUGAUGAUAUGGCUGAUAAUAUCAGGCCUAUAGAGACAACAAAUUAGCAAGCUAACCAACACUAACACAUAGGCCAUUCCAAUUUCUUAUUUCCACCCCUAAACCUAGUUGAGUGUCACCUAUGACAGUUAUUUAUUAUAGCCCAUCCCUUAUUCUUCGGUGCUAUGAAGCUGAAGUCAGCUAUUUGCCAGCAUCUUGUUCAAAUUUUCCUGUUCCACCUUAAGUGGCGGCGCCAGAACAAAAUUGCUAAAGCAUUUAAGGUGGAAUGGUAAAUUUAGCUACCCAGCUACCAAAACAUCAGCAAACUACUAUUGAUUUUUGUGCAUUUUAUGACGGAAAAGAACCAUAAUAUAGUGAAAUGGUGGGUGAAAUGGGAAAGUGUCAUUGACCUGUGGGUUAAUGAAUGAAUUUAUUCAUAAAUACAUUAGUAUGAAAGGCCUGAAAUACAGUUUUCAGUGUUUUUUAAGUGCACAAUUUCUGUUUAUUAGUUGAGUUUAACUUAU